AUGGAGAACUACCAGAAAAUAGAGAAGAUUGGUGAGGGUACCUAUGGUGUUGUCUACAAAGCGCGCGAUCUCCUCAAUGGCGGUCGCAUCGUCGCGCUCAAGAAGAUCCGGCUCGAGGCCGAAGACGAGGGUGUCCCCUCGACCGCCAUCCGGGAGAUCAGCCUGCUCAAGGAGAUGCGCGACCCCAACAUCGUGCGCCUGCUCAAUAUCGUCCACGCCGACGGCCACAAGCUCUACCUCGUUUUCGAGUUUCUCGACCUCGACCUGAAGAAGUACAUGGAGGCGCUCCCGGAGUCCGAUGGUGGCAGGGGCAAGCAGCUCCCCGAGGGCACCGGUGUCAAGCUGAGCCAGCUGGGCCUCGGCGAGGCGAUUAUCAAGAAGUUCAUGAGCCAGCUAUGCGAGGGUGUCCGCUACUGCCACAGCCAUCGUGUGCUGCACCGCGAUCUGAAGCCCCAGAACCUCCUGAUUGAUCGUGAGGGCAACCUGAAGCUGGCUGAUUUCGGUCUCGCGCGCGCCUUUGGAGUCCCUCUUAGAACGUAUACCCACGAGGUCGUGACGUUGUGGUACCGUGCGCCGGAGAUUCUCUUGGGUGGCCGGCAAUACUCGACGGGUGUGGAUAUCUGGUCGGUCGGUUGCAUCUUUGCAGAGAUGUGCACGAGGAAGCCGCUGUUCCCCGGCGACUCGGAAAUCGACGAGAUCUUCAAGAUCUUCCGCCUGCUCGGCACUCCUACGGAGGAGGUCUGGCCCGGCGUCACCUCCUACCCGGACUUCAAGUCCUCGUUCCCCAAGUGGAUCCGGGACCACGACAACGUGCUCUGCACCAACCUCGACGAGCAGGGUCUGGACCUGCUCGAGAUGAUGCUGGUGUACGACCCGGCCAGUCGUAUCUCGGCCAAGCAGGCCUGCAACCACCCCUACUUCGAGGACUUCCCCCGGCCCGGCGGCGGAAACCACACCAGCUACAGCAACGGAUAUCACUAG